AAAGACCUUAGCGAGAAGCCAACAGUGUUGAUGUUUGAAGACAUCGGCGCUGAUGACGGUCUCACGAAACCCCAGGUUAAANAAGAUUAUUCGGGAGUGGCAGCAAAAACAGACCCGGCCGAGAUAGCCCUUGUGAUGAAGCUCGACAGAUGGAUUAUGCCCAUGCUAUGGUCAAUGUAUUGGCUCAAUUACUUGGAUCGCAAUGCCAUCGCUCUGGCCCGUCUCAACGACCUGGAGGAAGAUCUCGACCUCACAGGAACUCGUAUGUCACACCUCCUAUCCACGAAUGGUAGACAUGAUGUUAACGAAAAGAAGNAAUACCUCACCUGUGUCAGCAUUCUAUUCGUCGGCUACCUACUUGGCCAGAUCCCGUCCAACAUGUUUCUGACUCGCACAAAACCCUCGCACUACAUGGGAUGCUGCAUGGCUCUGUGGGCUAUCGUAUCGGCUUUGACUGCUGUCUUUCUUGGUGUGACUGAAGCACCGUACUACCCUGGCGCGGUUUAUCUUCUCAGUAUCUUCUACAAUCGCAAGGAGAUCGCUACACGUAUCGCUAUCCUGUACACCGGUAAUAUCCUUGCUACUGCCUUUGCAGGUCUUAUCGCCGCUGGUGUGUUCCACGGCAUGGACGGUUCGGCAGGAUUGACUGGAUGGCAAUGGUUGUUCAUCCUUCAAGGUGCUGUCACCUUUGUCAUUGCGAUCGUCGGAUUCUUCUGCCUUCCAGAUACGCCCUUGACAACCAGGUGGUUGACCCCUGAGGAGAGACAGCUCGCCCACGACCGCAUUGCGAGAGACACUGUCGAAAAGUCGGGAGAUACUAGUGUCUGGAACGGCCUUAGACAGGCUGGUUCUGACCCAGUUGUAUGGCUCUUUGCCCUCAUGGCUCACCUCCACUUGGCUGCCAAUGGUUUCAAGAACUUUACUCUGGGUUUCAACACCACGAUUACUCUUGUUCUGACCUGCCCGCCUUACCUCAUCGCCGGUGCCUCGACACUUUUGGUCUCGUGGUCUUCUGGCAAGAUGAAUGAACGCACCUGGCACAUUACUGCUUCAAAAUCGGUUGCCAUCAUAGGCUUCAUCGUCGGUGCCGUCGUGAUGAACACCGGAGUCAAGUACUUUGCUAUGGUCGUCUUUACCAUCGGCACCUAUGCCGUCAACUCCCUCAUCCUCGGUUGGGUUGGCUCUACUUGCGGACAAAGCACGGAGAAGAAGGCAGCAGCCAUCUCUAUCGUCACUACAGUGAUGAACGCUUCCUUCAUCUGGACGCCAUAUCUCUGGGACCCCAAAGACGCGCCCAAGUAUCAGCCUGCCAUGUUCUCGAGCGCUGCCUUUUCUGCUGGCACCGCACUCACGGCUUGGGUUGUCAAGAUUAUUAUGAAGCGCCGUAACGAGAGGCUUAGGCAGUCCGAGGACGAGGUCCAGACUUUCUAUGUCUACUAG